AAAGUUUUGUUAAGGAUAGUUUAAAUGCUAGGUAUGCAAAUGAUAGUUUUGUAAGAGGACUGUCAUAAAAAAAAAUUGGGACAGUUAUGCGUUCCCAUCAAACUUAAAAGCCUGAAACCCAGUACCACCAAUUCUAAAUAUAAAUAUAGGACACAAGUGGCCAGGGGACUUGAAGUUGCCAAAUGUAAAGAUCUGGUCAAAAGAUGGGUAGUACAGACAAUAUAUGUAGCUAUCUAAUAAGCAGUGUUAGGGCUACCCACUUAAAACAUGGUAAAACCAGGGCCCAUUUGAUGGGAUGCCUGAUUUGAGUCUCCAAACAGAGAAAUUUGACUGCAAAGAGAAAGAGAAAUGGGUCAUAUUGGGUAGGGCUUAUUCAUGGUGAAGAAGCAGCAGAGUCAGUCUUCUUAAAUUAAUGUUGGGUUGGUUCUUUGACAAUCCAUCCCCCUUUGAAAACCUUACCAGUUUGUUGUCUAAUUAAUAAUAGAUACUUUACCUUGAUCUCCAACCAAGGAACAGGAAGAAUUAAUUUCACAUGAUGAACUGAAGCUCAAGACUAGUCCACAUAGGCCUUGCAUUGGGAUUGGUACAGGAGGUUAGAGUUUGCGGAGUUAGAUAUUUUUUUUCUGUUAUAAUAAGACCAAUAUAAAUUCCAGUUUAGGGGACCCAGAAAAUGAUGAGAACUUCAUCAUAGAUCCAACUUAUGUGCCCACUUCACACUGAGCAGAGGGCAUUUGAGUUCCCCCAUCGAAAUGCUUUGACAUUAAGCCAAGAAUUGUGUUGGAGAGAAUCAUAGAUUGCACAGAGUAAUUGAAACUCUAAGCAGAACCUACCUCAGAUACAUGGCGGGGGCAUGGAGGUAGUCACCAUGAAGCUGAAGACAAUUGGGUUGCUGGAGUAACUGCCUAAAAUUUGUACCGAUUUGCAGUGCACUGACUGUCGAUUUAUGCACCCAUUUUAUCAUAAGAACAGAGCUUGUUCUGUUUUGUAUGAGCAAAUGCUAUUUUAAUAGUGGGGUGUGUGUGGUUUUCCUAGAAAAAUGAUUAACGGAACGGAUCUCUACAAUGUGCUGACUGCAGUGGUGCCACUCUAUGUGGCAAUGAUUUUGGCCUAUGGGUCUGUAAAAUGGUGGAAGAUUUUCACACCAGAUCAGUGCUCUGGCAUCAACCGUUUCGUGGCACUGUUUGCAGUCCCUCUGCUGUCCUUCCACUUCAUUUCCACCAAUGACCCAUAUGCCAUGAACUUGAGAUUCAUUGCUGCAGAUUCCUUGCAGAAAAUUAUGAUUCUAUUAAUGCUAGGAAUUUGGACCAAGGUUGCAAAAAAUGGGAGCCUAGAGUGGAUGAUCACUCUCUUCUCACUUUCAACAUUACCCAACACAUUAGUCAUGGGAAUUCCUCUGCUGAAGGCAAUGUAUGGGGAAUUCUCGGGGGAUCUAAUGGUGCAAGUGGUUGUUCUACAGUGUAUAAUCUGGUAUACUCUGAUGCUUUUCAUGUUUGAAUACAGGGGAGCAAAAUUACUAAUUAUGGAACAGUUCCCGGACACAGCUGGUUCAAUUAUUUCAUUCAGGGUGGAAUCGGAUGUAAUGUCUCUGGACGGCAGAGAACCUCUGCAAACAGAUGCAGAGGUGGGAGAAGAUGGGAAACUUCAUGUUACAGUGAGAAAAUCUACUUCUUGUCGUUCUGUAUACUCGUCACACAGAUCUCAAGGAUUGAGCCUCACUCCCAGGCCUUCAAAUUUGAGCAACGCAGAGAUCUAUUCUAUUCAGUCUUCAAAGAACCCAACACCCAGAGGCUCAAAUUUUAAUCACGCUGAUUUUUUUUCCAUGUUUGCAAGAAGUCCCCGCCAAUCCAAUUUUGCCCAUUCAGACAUCUAUUCACUGCAUUCCUCAAGAGGUCCUACUCCUAGGACUUCUAAUUUUGAUGAGGAGCAUUUCAGGGACAUGGGCAAUAAGGUUGUUGCACAGAGUACUAACAAUGGCAAUUCUCCUAGAUUUGGACCACCCACGUACGGUAAUACAGCCCCAGUUCCAAUGUACACAUAUGGACCGAGGAGCCAAGGGAGCCAAGGGAAUGGAUUUGAGCUAAACCCAUCUGUUACUCAAGGAAAUUUGAGCUCAAAUGGCGGUGUGUAUCCUGGUCCAAAUCCCGGUAUGUUGUCUCCCAAUGUCUCCAGAACAGUGAAGAAGAGUCCAAGUGAUCCGAGGGCUUCAAAGCAGAGGAUGAUGGACGAUAAUAAAGAGCUUCACAUGUUUGUGUGGAGUUCUAGUGCUUCCCCCGUUUCGGAGGCAAAUCACCAUGUAUUUGGCCAUGGCCCAGACUUCGCACUUUCUGAUAACACUCCCAAUUCCUAUGGCAAAGAGGUCCGGACGUUACCCGCUUCUCCCAAUGUACACACAGCCAAUGGAAGAAAAGGUUUGAACGAGGCCCGCCAAACAUAUGAAGAAUAUGUCCCUGAACGGUUUAGUUUUGGGCACAAAGGAAUGGUCCAAGAGGAAAUCAAUCAUAAGGAAGCUCCUCCUCCCCUUGCGAGUCUCUCCAAGUUCGGUUCUAGUUCAACAGUGGAGCUCAAUCCCAAAGGCCACGAUGACUCCAAAUUCACAAAUAUGCCUCCUGCCAGCGUCAUGACUAGACUUAUUCUUAUAAUGGUGUGGAGAAAGCUCAUCCGUAAUCCCAAUACUUAUUCCAGUCUUAUAGGCCUCACUUGGUCUCUCAUCACCUUCAGAUGGAAAGUUGAAAUGCCAGCAAUCCUAGAGCAAUCAAUAAGAAUAUUGUCUGAUGCUGGUCUUGGUAUGGCCAUGUUCAGUUUGGGACUGUUCAUGGCAUUGCAACCCAGAAUCAUAGCCUGUGGGAAUUCAGUUGCAGCAUUUGCAAUGGCAGUCAGGUUUCUUACUGGGCCAGCUGUAAUGGCUGCAGCUUCUAUUGCUGUUGGCCUAAGGGGAGUGUUACUGCAUGUUGCCAUCGUCCAGGCAGCACUCCCUCAAGGAAUUGUUCCCUUUGUGUUUGCUAAGGAGUACAAUGUACAUCCAGAUAUAUUAAGCACAGCUGUUAUAUUUGGCAUGCUGAUUGCACUGCCGAUUACUCUGGUAUAUUACGUUCUUCUCGGAGUUUGAAGUGUAGGGACUUUUGACCUGAUUGAAGAAGUGCAAGGAGCCUUUCAUGCAACAUUCAAAGCCAUAAUCUCAUAUAUAACAAACAAUACAAUACCAACCAUGACCGACAAACUUUGAGGGUCUAGAGAAUUUACUCACGAGAGCAGAGCAUUGUUAAUUUCCCUGAGAACUUUUAGUUUGUAUUCUCUUUGACAUUUUGUCAUGUCUGCUUUGUCCUCUUCAAGAAGGUCUUGUGACUACCAUCCUUUACACCAAUAGUAACUCCCAAUUUUCAGCCAGCAUUCUUCCUAAUUAUGCUUUGUCAGUUUCAAUCACUUUGAAAGAAAGCUAGCUUGUUAGUUCUCCUAUGCAUAUUUAUGUGGAGGUUGCAAUUUUUUUUGCGAUUCCUGCCUCUCUUGUAUGGUAUAUACACAAAAAAGGUGAAUUGUAAGGCCCGCACAUCAGUUUCUACUUUCUACAAUCUCUAACAUGGAAUUAGUUUUCUUAAAACCUUAAGAAGAUUAUAAAACUAGUUUUGCCUUAAGAUUUUCUUGACCAUUAUAGUCUUUCAUAAACUAGGUUUUUGUUAUGACUUGAACCAUUUGCAAAAGUGCAGGUUUUACUUUUGUUCAGAGAGCAAUGAGAUGAAAUUUCAAAAUCAAA